CUGCGCUUCAUUACUCUCUCGCUUUUUGUGUUGUGCUUCCCACAAAGAUUUUUAACACACUGUUUAAAAAUUGAUUGAAUCAUUCCAUUGAAGAGGCCAAGACACUGUGCAGAACCAUGGCAGCCAUGAACGAAGAAGACCCAAUCAUUAUGGUAGACGAAAGCGAGUGUGAUGACUCGAGCCACUGUGACGAGGCCGUGGCCAAGCCCACAGCUCGCCAGCUGCAGGAAGCCGAGGAGAAGAACAAGUUGCUACAACGAAAUGAAGAGAAAGCCGUAUCUUGCGUUCGUGUUGCUGUCUACUGUGUUGUUGUUAUCACUGCCAUUUCUGUGACUUUGGCGGUCUACUUCUACACGAAAAAUGAACAAGAGAACAACUUUCAGACUGUUUUUGAAAUCUACGCCAACAAGUUGGCAGAGUCAUUCAUUGAUUCGGUAGAUCGCAAGAUUGUUGCCAUUGGAGGGCUCUCCACCACUAUCACCAACUAUGCAUUGAGCAAUGGUCUGACCUUUCCCAACGUGACCAUUGAUAACUGGAUUAUGUUGGCUGGUCAAACGAGGGUACAAGCAGAUGCCAUCAACGUGGAGUAUGCUCCAUUGGUGACCGAUGAUAAUCGACUUGGCUGGGAGGAAUACGCCUUUAGCCACAAGCAAUGGCAGCAAGAUCAGUGGGAGGGGGAACUCAAAUUCAUGGAGUCACAGAAUCAAUACUUUGGACUGGAGGAAGACGUGAUUGAGGACGCUCCUGGUUCAGACAGAUCACAAAAUGAAGAGUCAUCGGAGGGAGAGCCACCACCAGAGAAUGAACUACAGCCAAGCCAAGAAGGGCAGGGUCCACCUCCUGAGAAUGGGCAGCAGCCGCCACAGAGGUCCCUUGAAGAAGCACCGCCAGCUGGAGAUGAACCAGGCUACACCAGGCAGAUUUUUGGCUUGGGACCUCCACCAAUGAGUGGUCCUCCGGCAUCAAUUCCAAAGCAACAAGCAAGUGGACCCUAUGCUCCGUUCUGGCAUAUGUCCCCCAUCCUUCCUAGGGACUUCCUAUUGAAUCUUGAUCUCUUGUCCCGUCCCAGCUCAACUGAUUCGAUUGUUACCGUGCUCGAAACUCAACGUGCAGCGCUCGGUGGUGCGGUUGGUGUCCGCGAUCCGAGCAACACCACACUCGCGGAAUUAGUUCCUAUUAGACUUACGAAUGAUUACGUCCAACGUGGACAAUACAGACACGAGUUGCAAUUCUUCUCGGGAGAUGCCACAACUACUCUGACUUACCCCGUGUUUGAUUCCUUUGGGGCAAACAGGACCGUGGCUGGGUUCUUGCUGUCGCCCCUGAUGUGGCGCUUAAACUUUGAGAAGAUUGUUCCGGAAAGUCUAGGAGGCUUUAUUGCUGUAAUCAAGAGCAAACAGAGUGAGCCCUUCAGCUAUCGCAUAGAAGGUCCAAAAGCAACCUACCUGGGGAUCCAAGACUCCCAUGCCUCCAACUAUGAUGACAUGUUUGUCUUCCAAAACAUGGAAGAAACCUUGCAGGUCCUACACAGCCCCAGGAACCAAGCAUUUGAUGCUGUGCAAGUCGAUUUUGGCGAAUACGUCCUGUACAUUUAUCCCACUGAAGAACUUGAGAGCCAGUACAUUACUAACAAGCCGGCUGUAUACGCUUUGAUUGUGGCCUCGGUCUUUUUGUUCACUAUCUUGGUGCUGGCCGUGUUUGACUUGCUUGUGGCCCGACGACAGCAGGUUGUGAUGAAGAAAGCUGUGAAGUCCCGCGCUCUAAUUGCCACCCUGUACCCAGAGCAGGUCAGAGAACGUAUGUUUGAAGACGGCCCGAAAGGAAAUGUUGAGAGGAGAAAGUGGAAGAAUCCUGGUGAAGCAGGAAUUCAAGAGGAAAGCACAAAGGCAAUUGCAACACUCUACGAAUCUGCAACCAUACUCCUCAUGGAUCUGGCAGGAUUUACCGAGUGGAGUUCCGCUCGUACUCCUUCUGACGUGUUUGAAUUGCUGGAAACACUUUAUCAGAGCUUUGACCGUAUUGCGUCAAAACGUGGUGUGUAUAAGAUUGAGACGAUUGGUGAUUGCUGGGUGGGAGUCACUGGAGUCCCUAACCCUCAAAAGGACCAUGCACCGCGGAUGGCCAAGUUUGCGGCAGCAUGCCAAGUGAGCAUGGGACAACUCGUUGGGAGCAAACUUGCUGACCGACUGGGUGCAGAUACGGCCAACUUGAAACUGAGAGUGGGGAUGCAUUCGGGUCCAAUAACAGGUGGAAUAUUGCGUGGAGAUAAAGGCCGUUUCCAGCUUUUUGGAGAUUCGAUCAACACCGCGUCUCGAAUGGAAAGCAAUGGAGUUCCUGGAAAGAUACACGUAUCUCAAUCCACAGCAGACGAGCUGAUUAGACAUGGCAAUCGAGAUUGGUUGACAGAACGGGAAGACAAGGUCGAGGCAAAAGGCAAGGGUUUGAUGACGACAUACUGGGUGGCCGUGAAAAGCAGCAGGAGCACCGGAACAAGGGCGUCAUUGAUGUCUUUAUCGGACGAAACCGGCGGGUGCUUUGCAGAGUACCAGUAUGACGCCCCAGCUACAUGUAGCAUGGGCGCUGAGUCACAGUCCGAACGGUUCGAUGUGGGAGGGAGACCAGAGCAGGGUCGAACUACAUGUCUUCAGCCUGGAAUUGUCGAGCUUGGGGUAUAGCAUAUUUCUUGCUAUGGUACUGUAGCAAAAGUAGUAUGAAGAUAUCGACUGCUGUUUGUGACUUUCAAGAAUUACAUUUCCCGCUGUUUUAGCUGGGAUAAGAAUCUGAUUGACGACAUUUGGCCCCUCCUUUUAGCUAGUUGCAGUGCUAACUAGGGAGCACCC